UUCUUUUUGAUUUACGGGGUCACCUACAGCGGCUCGCUGAAACAACAAAUCCAACAUGUCGGGAGGGAACUACACAGUGGGUCGUCUGACGCCACUUCCGUCGGAGCCAAUAUGGCUGUGCCCGCUCGGCUUUGUCAACGACGCCUUCUUUUCCAUCAGAGAUCCGCGCGUGAGACAGUUCCCCAUGAUGAGCUGGGUGACCCCGAACUGCAUCGUCAUCUGUGCCUACCUCGCCAUCGUCUACUUCGGGCCCAAGUUGAUGGCUCCCUACAAAGGCUUCAGCCUCAAGUGGCCGCUGGUCAUCUACAACUUCUUCAUGGUCGGAGUCUCCUUCUACAUCUUGUUUGAGCAUGUGCACACGGCCUACCUGUCAAACUACACACUGCUGUGCCAACCCGUGGACUUCUCCACAAACCCUCUAGCCAUGCGGAUGGCGAGAGCAGUGUGGUUGUACUUUUUCACGAGAUACGUCGAGUUCGUAGACACGGCCAAAAACACCAUCAAAAGGGGCUUAACGUACAACGCGGCCAUCAACUGCUUCAUCCAUGUGGUCAUGUACACUUACUACGGUCUCUCAGCCCUGGGACCCAGCGUACAGAAGUACCUGUGGUGGAAGGUUCACCUCACCAAGCUGCAGCUCCUUCAGUUCGUGUGUAUGUUGAUACUGAUGAGCUGUAACACGACCUGCAACGACCCCAACUUCCCCCAGUUCCUCAACUACAUCGGCAUCCUCUACUGCUCCACCAUCCUAGGACUCUUCCUCAACUUCUACAUCCAGACCUACUUCUUGAAAAAGCCGCAGAAGAAAGCGAGCUCCGUGCAGAGCAACGGGACCCUGGCGAACAACGGCUCCAGUGGCACACACAAGUCAGAGAGCAACGGAAUCAAGAAACAUCACGCGGAGUAAGCAGCUGUGACGUCAUCGGACUUCUCACUUGUCCCACCACCCACCACUCCCAUGUCAGCCUCAGGAAACGGACAGACCACGCAAACAGCUUUACCACGCAGUAAAACGUCGUUACUUACAGCAAAAGCAAUAGACCGCUUCUUAAAUAGCUCGCAUCCUUUCUAGAGAGUAGGGUUUUUUUAAAACGCGUUUUGCAAAGUACGAUAAGUGUUAUUGCCUCCCAGACUGUAGUUCAAACAAAAUGCACAGCUCGCCAAAAGUGCAUUAUAAUAGGUGUCCACAUGCAGUCAAGACCUAUCACUGUCACUUUCUACCGAAGCCCCGCAGUGAAUAGUGAUAGUGUCACGACGCGAUGGAAUCAGGCGCUUGCCAAAUUUUGGGGCAUAUGAAGUUAUUCGUAUAAUCUGAAAGCCUGUUCAUUUGCCUUAAUAUAGUUAAUGAAAUAUCCAUCUAUCUUGGUAAGAAGUCGAUGUAUUUGGGAUUGAAUUAUACGCAGGUCACCUGUUGUCAAAGGUAAAAUUGGUGAGAAAAUCGCCGCCAAAGUUUGGUGACUUCCAAAGUAUCCCUCAAAAUGGAAAAAUUACAUUUUUCUUUCUUUGAUCAACGUUUUUCAUUAAAAAUCCACGCAGCGAUGUGUCUUUAAAGGCCAUAAAAGGUGUUGAGUGGAAACAAAAAUCGAUAAAAAUUGCCUAACGGAUGGGAAAAUCUCGAUUUCUUUCUUCGAAUUCAUUAUUUUGACAAGCGCCAGAUUUCCCCUCAAUGAUGCACAUUUUUGUUGUACAGUAGUUGUAGACUGAGUGUUUGUAAACUGCUUGAACUUCUAGACAUAGGAAUCGCCCCCACCUUCUCUAGUGCUGGUGAGAUCAAUGACUUAGGACUUUGUGAUCGAUCGACGCUCAGUAUGGACUUAUACAGGUUACUCCGCCGUGAGAAAAUGAAACUGAAUAAAGGGAUAAAAAAAGAGGA